CGGGGUGAAAAAAUCGGAUUCCGCAUCGGGGCGAUACUCAUUGACAACCUUUUUUUGUGAGAUUUGGAACAUGAACUCUGUUUUUGUUGGUUUAUGUAAUGCUUCCUUUCAAGUUGCCAACCAUGCCAGUCAAAGGUACAGUGAAAGUCAGAGAAAAGAUAAAUAAUGGGGAAAAGGAGAGGCUGAAAAUGGAGGGUCACAGGCAAGGAGUACUUGAAGAAAGCAAUGACCACGUGGAUGGCCAGAUUGCAGGUGAAGAGGCUCAUCAAACGGCUGGGAAAGAAAGGGAGAAGAUGGGAAAGGCAGAGGCUGGGGAAUUCUCGCUACAGGGAUUAUUAGGUGGGAUAAAUUACUUGGAGGUGAAGGAGAAGGGGUCGUCGAAGAAACUCUUGAGGCUCGUCUCUGGAAGGAGAGGGGAAAGGAACUCAGUGUGAAAAUUGAAGAUCUAUUCAGUGGAUGACCUUGUGCUCAUGUUUAGGAUCCAUUGAUCUACUUGUGCUUCACAUCUAGUUAUUGAGAUUCAUUACAGUUUAUUAUUUCUUUAUUGGGCUUCAUACUUCCUAUGAUACUGCGAAGGAGUCAGAGAUGGGCGAGAAGGCGAAGAGUUUGGAGGAGGGGAUUGGUGGUGGUCCUAAUGCGGAAAAAGGAAGAGGGAAAGGAGAUCAGUGAUGAUUACGAUGAUAAUAAAGAUUGAGAUUGGACUUUGAAUGCUAUGUAUAUGUUGCAUGUUAGCAUUUGCUGGAACUUUUGAAUAUUGGAAAUGUUAGUUUCUUAUUGUAAAUGAUUUUAUAAAAAACUGGUAAUGUGAUGGCAUCUGCCAGAUUGAAACUUAUCAUGAAAUGGUAAAUGUCGCUGCUAGUCUGAA